AUGGCUCCAACUCCACCGACCUCAGACUCAAACCCAAUCUCCUCGCAAGGCCUCUCUCGCUUCAACGACGCGGUCGUCAUGAACCUAGGCCUCUUUGUCCUGGACGACGUGGAAGGUGCGGCACGGGGUCGAUGUCAUUGCAGGCGGCGUUCCGGUCGUACCACCCCCAACUUGGGAGUGCGGGUCCGAAAGCGGGGAUCUAGCGUCGCCGACGUGGACGGGGCCCCGCGGUGGGAGAGGCUCGGCUCCGAGGAAGUGGGCCGCUGGGGAGACGAGAUCCGGAAAGCAGCUGCUUGGGGGGGCGAUGUUGGUGAAGAUGAUGAUGAUGAUGAUGAUGAUGAUGAUGAUGAUGAUGAUGAUGAUGAUGAUGCUAGGUAG